GAAAGAGAACAGUAGGCCGCAAGGACGCCAAGACAGAGAAAAGGACGUUGAGAAGCCCACCAAGAAAGACAACUGCUUCUGGGGGACAACAAACACACCAUGGAUUCUCAUGGAGGACACUACCUCAACAAAGAUGCUGUGUUGUCACCUUUAGGUGCAGCACGAAUGUGCCAGCUGCUACUUGGCUGCACUAUAAUGGCCCUUGUGUCCCACAGUGCAGGUUACAGCGCCACCUAUGGAACCUUCUGCAUGUUUGUGUGGUGCUUCUGCUUUGCUGUGACACUGGUCGUGUUUACCUUGGACAUUACACGGCUCCACACAUGCAUGCCCAUUUCCUGGGAUAACUUCACUGUGGCCUUUGCAAUGCUGGCAACUCUAAUGUACAUCACCGCAUCUGUGGUCUACCCUGUUUACUUCCUCCAGACAGAGUGCCCUGAUGAAAGCUGUGAGGUUCAAAUCUAUCGCAUUGCUGUCACUGUCUGCUCCUGUGUCUGCUGUUUCCCCUACGGAGCUGAGGUAUUCCUAACUCGAGCCAAACCAGGGGCUGUGGUGGGUUAUAUGGCCACUGUGUCUGGUCUACUCAAGGUGGUCCAGGGUUUUGUGGCCUGCAUCAUUUUUGGGGCCCUGGCCAAUGACAGCGAGUACAACCUCUACAUUGCUACCCAGUAUUGUGUAGUGGUGUACAGCCUGUGCUUCUCUGUGACUGUGAUAGUGGUCAUUCUGACUGUUUCUGGAAGGACCUCAGCCCUGCGGUUCCCCUUUGACCGAUUUGUAGUUGUCUACACCUUCUUUGCCGUGAUCCUCUACCUCAGUACCGCACUGAUCUGGCCCAUCUUCAGCUUUGAUAAGAAAUACAGCACCGCUACUCGUCCUGAGGACUGUCCACGUGGAGAAUGUCCCUGGGACAGUAAGCUGGUGGUGGCAGUUUUCACCAAUGUCAACCUAAUCUUAUAUUUUAUUGAUCUUGUUUACUCCCAGAGGAUUCGCUUUGUCUCCAGCUCUGCUGUCUGAAAAAUGUUACCCCCUCAGCCUCAGAGACAAAUAAAGAAGGUCUGAACAUCCAACAUGCCCUCAACAGUCAGGUCUCUGUGAAGAUGUCAUUCCCUUGAAUCCAUGAAUUUAUUGUUAUGUAUGUGUAACAUUUUUUAUUAUCAGUAUUCAUUAUUAUUCUAGUAUUAGGCCUCUGUGCUAGGUAACAAAACUACAGUAUUUCAGGCCUUUCUCCAGUUCUGCAGGGACCUACCAGGGAGAGCAUGCCAGGUGCACCGUUGAGCUGAUCUCAGCAACUUUGUCCACAGAGAACUCUGGGAAACAUGUCCAUCUCAGCACCUUCCACUCCAAGUUCCUUUGGUGGUCUCAAACAAGACAGACCUAUGCAAGUGUGUGAUAGUGAUUAGAGUAUCAGAACAGUGCUAUGUCAGAUAGACACCCUCAGUCUUACAAAGACUAAGCAAUUUAUUUAAUUGUAUUUAAAAAAAUAAAAAAUACUAUGCCUCUCAUAGAGAUGCAUAGUAUUAAGUCUACAGUAUGCACUGAAUGUAGCUUUUGGUUUUGGCUUUAAAGCCAUUUUGCUGUUGUUUUUUCCCAAUUUAUAUUAUAUUCCUCAUACAUGUAAUGUCAACAGUUUGAGUUUAUUAGGCUUUUCCUGUUAUCCACUGAAUGUUAAAUGUA